GUGAGUGUUAAGCAAAUAGCUAGUCUCUGAGCUUACCCAGCAUGCUCAGCACGCCUGGUCCAAGCUCAGGUCGUGCCGCACUCCUUCUCUCUAUUUAAUUGACUAAAAUGUCGACUACUCCUCAUAACAGAAAGAAAGUUUGCUACUACUAUGACAGUGACAUUGGCAACUACUACUACGGUCAAGGUCAUCCUAUGAAGCCACAUAGAAUUCGUAUGACACACAAUCUACUUCUAAACUAUGGAUUAUACAGAAAAAUGGAGAUUUAUAGACCACAUAAAGCUACACAAGAUGAGAUGACAAAGUUCCAUAGUGAUGACUACAUCAGAUUUAUCCGCUCCAUCCGACCAGAUAACAUGAACGAGUACAACAAGCAGAUGCAGAAGUUCAAUGUUGGAGAGGACUGUCCAGUCUUCGAUGGCCUAUACGAGUUUUGCCAACUGUCGUCUGGUGGUUCUAUAGCCGGAGCUGUCAAGUUAAAUAAACAAGCAUGUGAUAUCGCCGUCAACUGGGCUGGUGGUCUUCAUCACGCCAAAAAGAGUGAAGCUUCAGGAUUCUGCUACGUCAAUGAUAUUGUUUUAGCCAUCCUAGAACUACUCAAGUACCACCAGAGAGUCCUCUACAUUGAUAUUGAUAUUCAUCAUGGUGAUGGUGUUGAAGAAGCUUUCUACACUACUGACAGAGUAAUGACUGUAUCCUUCCACAAAUAUGGAGAAUAUUUCCCAGGAACUGGUGAUCUUAGAGAUAUUGGUGCAGGCAAAGGAAAAUAUUAUGCAGUCAAUUUUCCCCUGAGAGAUGGCAUCGAUGAUGAAAGUUAUGAAAGUAUUUUUGUGCCUAUCCUCACCAAGGUGAUGGAAACAUACCAGCCCUCAGCAGUUGUUCUUCAGUGCGGUGCAGAUUCCUUAUCUGGAGACAGGCUCGGUUGUUUCAAUCUCACGCUCAAAGGCCAUGCAAAAUGUGUGGAGUUUGUCAAGAAGUACAAUCUACCUCUGCUGCUCUUGGGUGGAGGUGGCUAUACAAUUCGUAAUGUUGCAAGGUGUUGGACAUAUGAAACUGCUGUUGCAUUAAGUACAGAUAUUGCUAAUGAGCUUCCAUACAAUGACUACUUUGAAUAUUUUGGACCUGACUUUAAGUUGCACAUCAGUCCCUCCAACAUGGCUAACCAAAACACACCUGAAUAUUUAGACAAGAUUAAAACGAGGUUAUUUGAAAACUUGCGGAUGCUGCCACAUGCACCUGGAGUCCAGAGUAUUGCUAUUCCAGAGGAUGGUGUAGCAGAAGAAAGCGAAGAUGAAGAUAAGGCCAGUCCAGACGAAAGAAUUUCUAUUCGAGCUUCUGACAAACGAAUUGCUCCUGAUAAUGAAUACUCUGAUUCUGAAGACGAGGGCGAUGGCCGUAGAGACGAAAGAUCGUUCAAGCCGAAGAAGAAGACCAAGACGGAUGAGGCUGCUAACAAUGGAGCUGGGGACGACAAAAAGGAAACGUCAAUAACGAAAGACGAUAAGACUGGGACACAGGUGGGACAAAAUGAAACCAGAGUGGAAUCUUGAGGAAAAGUGUAUUUUAAUGAUUAAUUAUAAUUAGUAAAAAGACCUAGAGGCAAAUUCCCUUAAUAUAUUGAUAACUUAAUCACCUUGGUCAGACUUGUGUACAUUUUUCUGUGAAUGUUAUUUCUUAACAUGAAAUUAUCAUGCGACUGCUCAACAUAGUUAUAGUUGGGUUAUUGUUGUCAUUCCUCAUGAUUUCCCUUGGGGCCUUGUUUAUAUUUAUUCCUAUUCAUCUAAGGCUCCUUUAUUUUGUAUGCAAAUGUCCUAAAGUUAAUAUGAUGAUUUAACUGCUCCUUGACAUGUUAAAUGAUCCUAAAGUUUAUUUAUUUUCAUUACUGACAUCGAUGAUCUGGCAAGUUACAGGUUUCUUAAUAUUUUCAGUUUAACCGAGAUUGAUGCUGCGACAAGUCAUGUGUUUCUUACCAUUUUCAACAUAAAUAAGGGGAAGCCCUGGAAGGUUACCCGUUUCAUACAAUUUUCGUCGGCAGUGUGAUUGAUACGCAAGGUCAGUCAUCACUUCCAGUAAUUGCUGGUAUAUUGAGUACAUUUUUACGUUGCCGGCACAGUCUCACUGUGCUCUUAAUGGAGAGUAUCGCUGCAAAUGAUAGUGCUCUUAUGUGUAGUCAGUAUUAUCAAAAUCUCAUGGUCCACCAAAGGCAUGUAAAAUUGCUUUUUCAGUAAUUUUGUGCUUUGUUUAUGCUUAAAGUACAGAUUUUACCAUGUUCCUAUUUAAAUGUUCAUCAGAUGUAUUAUAGAUGUUUUUCUCAAGUUUUUGUAUAUACAGGUUAAUGGAAUUGCACUGUAUAUACAGGCAUUACUGACAUUUUCAUUGAAUUUCUUAAGUACAGUGUCUGCUGAUUACUGAAAUUUUGUCUUAGUUUUCACAUCAUAAUAUAGUUUUCCUGUCAGGAAAUAUUUUUAAAGAGCAUAAUUUGCAUCACAUGAGUUUAAAGAAUAUAAUUUGCUUCACAUGAAUUCAAUGGAGUACUGAUUUAUGCUGUAACUUGACAGCCAGUCUUUUUUUUUUUCUCUGCAGUCGUGCAGAAUUUCACCAAAAUUCUGAAGCAAUUUUACUAUUUUUAUUAAAAUUAGUACAUACAUGUAGCAGUUCAAAGAUCAGUGAUCUAUUGUUCCAUAGUCUGAAUGUCCACCUUAUGGGUCGUCAGUUUUGAUCCGCUCUGCUGGGAGAAGCUCAAACCUAUCCGGCAGUAAAUAGCGCAGAGAUGUGUUGGUAUAUGGCGUGAAUUAUGAAUUUAUAAUUAUUUGUAGGAUAUUACUAUUUGUUGCAAUAUUUUUAAAUGUAUUUUUAAAAGCUCCAAGUCUUAUAAUGGCUCGGGGAAAAUUUUAGUUACCAGAUCCAUCUUAUAAUAAUGUAUCAAAUUAUUAAAAAAAAUAUAUGAAGAUUUUUUGUUGGAGUAUUGUAAUGGUAAACUAAUGUUUAUUUGCUCAAGUAUGGAAUAUUAUGGUAAUUUUAUUGAAAUUAGUAUCACAUCAUGAUAUAAAACACUUGGGGUGAUGCUGCAUAUAUUUCACAAACUGGGGUAAUAAUUUGGUAGUAAAAAUAUACUUUCAGAAUUAAUUUGAACACUUUACUAGAGGACGAGUUGUAUCUCAAAGCUCAAAUUUGAACCCUGAACUAUAUUGACUGGGUUCAAUUCAUUGUGUGUAAUGUCAUGCACUGGUUAAGUCAGGAGGCCAAACUAGCAUAGUAAUGAUAGAAACUAGCUUAGAUAAGAGGGAGCUAUGGUACAGGACAUUAUUCUUAACAUAAUCAGAAUUUUGAAAUAAAGCUUAGGCUACCAUAGAUGAAGACCAUCAUUAACUAGUUCUCAGGAACUACAGGGUUAGCAUAAUUGGCAUUAAAUGAACUUUCGUAGAUUUCUAGUAAACUGAAGAAUAACAUGUCAGUUAUGGACUCAAAAAUUUGCUUAACUGGGAUUAUCAACAUUUGAUUUCAUAAUUACUAAUGCUUCAUUUAUAAAGCCAAACUUUACUUUCACCAAAGUUCGUGAAAUUUUUACUGGAAACAGUAGUCAUGAAUUGUAAAUAGAGAAGGUCUUAUAUUUUGAUAAUUUACCUACCAUUUCAUACAUCACAUAGGAGGUUUAUCCUCCCAUUUUACCAUUCACUGCCAUGUUUUUACAUAGUGUGGUAUGAUAUGCACUUGUGACUACAAUUUUCUUAGUGAUAUAUGUAUUAUUAUUUUCCAGUUUUUGGAAAAAAUCGUAUUUGUCAUUAAGACGUUGAAAGCCAUUUACGACAACGUACUGUAUUUGUAGAUUUUUGUUUAUUUAAUUUGCUCCAUACACAGUUGUAAAUUUUAUGCUUCUAAUAAACAGAUGCCUUUUGUAAA